UUCGUUCAAUGGUAAAUGGCGCACAAUACCUGCCUUGUUUCUGUACAUGUUAUCAUAAUCGGAGAUUGAUUUGUAUUAUACAUGAUCUUGAGUAGAUAUAUUAUUAAACAGCAAUUUUUGGUUAAUUUCUUUUGAAGAAAAAAACAAGAAAGAAAAGAUGGAUUUUCUGGAAUACCCAGACAUCUACGCCGAGGUUAAGGGCGCUAUGACACCAGGCAGAUUAAAGUUAACUGACCAGCACCUGAUCUUUAAAAAUCAGAAGACUGGUAAAGUAGAACAGAUUUCUGCUUCUGAUAUGGAGAUGGUAAACUUUCAAAAAUUUAUUGGAACCUGGGGUCUGCGUAUCUUUUUAAAAAGUGGCACACUGCAUCGUUUCAAAGGCUUCAAAGAAGCUGAUCAAGAAAAAAUUGCCAAGUUCUUUUCUGUUAAUUACAAGAAAGAUAUGUUGGAGAAAGAACUAAGUUUAAAAGGAUGGAAUUGGGGUACUGCAAAGUUUAUGGGAUCUAUUUUGAGCUUUGAUGUGGGCCAUCACACUGCUUUUGAAAUCCCUCUGUAUGAUGUGUCACAAUGUAAUACGGGCAAAAAUGAAGUAACCUUAGAAUUUCAUCAGAAUGAUGAUGCUCCGGUCAGUUUGAUGGAGAUGAGGUUUCACAUUCCUGUUAGUGAUAGCGUUGAUCAAGAUCCUGUAGAAGCAUUCCAUCAGCAGGUGAUGGACAAAGCAUCUGUAAUCAGUGUGAGCGGCGAUGCAAUUGCUAUAUUUAGGGAGAUUCACUGUCUGACCCCGCGCGGUCGUUAUGACAUCAAAAUCUUCCAGUCCUUCUUUCAACUGCACGGCAAAACUUUUGACUACAAAAUUCCCAUGUCAACUGUCCUGAGACUUUUUCUACUGCCGCACAAGGAUAGUCGGCAAACAUUCUUCGUCGUGAGCCUGGAUCCUCCUAUAAAACAGGGUCAAACGCGAUAUCAUUAUCUGGUUCUUCUAUUCAGCCAGGAAGAAGAGACUUCCAUCGAGCUUCCGUUCACCGAAAAGGAGCUAAAGGAGAAGUACGAAGACAAACUCACUAAGGAAUUAACGGGACCGACAUACGAAGUACUUGGCAAGGUGAUGAAGGUGAUAAUUAAUCGAAAGAUAACCGGACCUGGACAUUUCUUGGGUCAUACGAAGACACCAGCGAUUGGCUGCUCCUUCAAAGCCGCGGCAGGGUAUCUAUAUCCGCUCGAGCGUGGUUUCAUCUACGUGCACAAACCGCCGAUACACAUUCGCUUUGAGGAGAUAGCUUCGGUGAAUUUUGCACGCGGUGGCGGUUCGACCAGAUCCUUCGAUUUCGAGAUCGAGCUUACGAGCGGGGUGGUUCACACCUUCAGCAGCAUCGAGAAGGAAGAGUACGGUAAAUUGUUCGAUUUCAUCACGUCGAAGAAACUGCGCGUUAAGAAUCGCGGCAAGAGCGACAAACCCAAGUACGACGAAGACUUCGGCGACAGCGAUCAGGAGGAUGAACCGGACGCUUAUCUGGCGCGAGUCAAGGCCGAGGCCCAGGAACGCGAGGACGGCGAUCAAAACCAAGACUCCGAGGAAGGCUCGACCGACGAGGACUUCAAUCCGAAUCAGGACGUGAGCGACGUCGCCGAGGAAUACGACAGCAAUCCCAAUAGUUCCGACAGCGACGAGGACUCGGACGCGUCCGGGGCUAGUCGUAAGAAGGAGAAGAAAGAGAAGAAGGAGAAGAAAUCCAAGUCAGCGAAGACGGUGUCGGAAAAACCGCGCAAACAGAGGAAGCGGAAGAAGGAGAGGGACGCGAAUAAACCGAAGAAACCUUCGACUGCGUUCAUGCUGUGGCUUAACAGCACGCGCGAGAGCAUCAAGGCAGAUAAUCCGGGAUUCAAACUGACGGAAAUCGCGAAAAAGGGUGGCGAAAUGUGGCGAGAACUCAAGGAUAAAUCGGAAUGGGAAGCGAAGGCGGCCAAGGCCAAAAAAGAGUAUCUGGCAUCGAUGAAGGAAUACGAAGCUAGCGGAGGCGGUAAAUCUAAAGAGACGAAAGAGACGAAAGAGACGAAAGAGAAACCGGAGAAGAAGAAGAAAGAGACGAAGAAGGAUUCGCCUAGCAAAAUGACCGGGUCGUCUUUCAAAAGCAAAGAAUACAUCAGCGACGAUGAUAGUAGUAGCGACGAGAGUAAGAAGUCCGAAAAGAAGCAUUCCGAUGAUGAGAGUGGAGAUGAAAAGGAGAAGAAGAAGAAGAGUGUGAAGCGACCUGCGGAAGAUAUUGUAAAGAAGGAAGUGAAGAAGGAGAAACGAGAACCAUCGGACAAUGAAGAGAGCGACGCGGAGGAACCUAUUGAGAGCACUCCACCCUCAUCCGAUUCGGAAUCUAAGAAUAGCGAUUAAUAAAUAUUAUUCAGUACUAUUA